GUCUGCUUGGUUUUGACAAGACCAGGACAGGAAAAAAAAAAAAAAAAAGGAGAACCAGGUGCAGGAGGAACAGUUCUGGAACAAUUUCCAUCAAAGGAUUGUUUGCCGCUUUUCCUUCUUGGAUUUCCCAAACCUUGAGGCACACAACAUGCCGGUGAACAGGAUGAGGAUGCGACCUUGGUUGGAGAGAAUGAUCGAGUCCAAAAGCGUCCCCGGUCUGGCCUGGCUUGAUAAAGAGAAGACCCUCUUCUCCAUCCCUUGGAAACACGCGGCUCGCCACGGCUGGGACAUGGAAAAGGACGCCUCCUUGUUCAAGAAGUGGGCCAUCCACACUGGGAAAUACGUGGAGGGCGACACCCACGACGCCAAAACGUGGAAGGCCAACUUCCGUUGCGCCAUGAAUUCCCUCCCCGACAUCAAGGAGGUGAAGGACAAGAGCGUCAACAAGGGCCAGUUGGCCAUGCGCGUCUUCCGGAUGCUUCCUCAGAAACAAAGAGAAAAACGAGGCAAAUCCAACUCCAGGAAGCAGGUUAAGAAAACCGCGUCCGAGGACUUCGACUACAGCGACACCCAGUCGCCGCCUGAUCAGUCGCGGCUGCUUGACGACCCGCCGUGCGCUCAGGAGAACGUGGUGGACAGCACGGUGUGCAUGGACGUGACAGAUUUUGCUUCCUUUGAUUUGGAGAGCGACAGCAUCAAGGACCGAUUCCAAGUUUCACCCGAUCACAGCCCCGAAUACGAAUACAACAUAGUGGAGAUCUGCCAGCAAUUGGAGAGAGAAUCGCAGAGCUUUCGGACUGGUUGUGAUGUCAAGGGGGUCCUGAGUACGUGCACCAGUCCCGGGAGCCAAUGGAGCGAAUGUUCAGCCGACGACACGGAGGAAAUGGGGCUGUCGCCACAGUACACGACGCUGAGUUCGGAGUUCUCGACGUCGUUCGACAGCCACUGGAAUAAUUUCCACCUUACGGCAUUCAGCGGCCUCCAUUCGGGAAUGGAUGACGAUCACUUUUUGGACUUUAUGGGCUCCUCGAUAUUCAGUAGCUGAAUCGCCCCCACCCCCCACCCCCACACCCCCCAGGUAGAAGAACACUGUCUCUCCGAGUCGUGACCACUCUGGAGUGCACUCUCAGGAACCAUUUGUUAAAUAUUGGUUUGUCUCUGUUACCCUAAACGGGUCCGGUUGUGGAGACAGAGUCCUCACCCUGAAGGUGCUUUUCUCGCCACGCGCAGCAGCUUCCCAGUCUUCACGUUGGUUACGCCUCCGACUAUUAUAACGGCAAAUGUCCACGAGCCGCACCUGAAGGAACUUGCUCACGAAAAGACGGCAAUGGACUUGAAGUCUAAUUUCCCCUCCGUUCCAAACCCUCCAGCCACUUCCAACCUCUUCACGUCGUAGUUUUCAGAUGUGGUUUGUUAUUACCGUGGUAGUCGCACAUUUAACCAUCACUCUGGAAUCCCAACUGAACACUUUUCCCAAAACUUGUAAAUAUGUAUAUUGCCUUUUGUGUUUUUGAUAAUAAAAAGGAAACAAAUACAUGCAAAGAGUAU